GGAGAGGGAAGGCACUAUUACAGACCCAGAAUAAGCGGUGGAGAUGUGGGUCGGCAACUUGCUGUGUCUGGCCGCUCUGGCUGUAGCCCUCUCCUUACCUACAUUAUCUGAUGGAGCUGCACUGCUAGUGUUGUCAGCUCCUAACCUGCUGCGUGUGGGCAGUAAUGAGAACAUCUUUGUGGAGUCUCAGGACCAUGCAGGUGGUCCCCUAAAUGUUAAGAUCAUGGUGAAGAACCACCCUACGCAGAGCAAAGAGCUAGCCUCUAAAUCAGUGGUUCUGGAUCAAGCAAACAACUUCCAGGCUAUGACACAACUGGUCAUCCCAGAGGGGGACCACUUUGUGGACGACCCCAAGCAGAAGCAGUAUGUGGUCCUGCAGGCCCAGUUCCCUGACCGCCUCCUGGAGAAGGUUGUCCUGGUCUCCUUCCAGUCUGGAUACAUCUUCAUCCAGACUGACAAGACCAUUUACACUCCGGCCAGCACCGUCUACUACAGAGUGUUCUCUAUGAGUCCUGGCCUGGAGCCUCUGACCAGGGAGAUAUUUGUGGACAAGGAGGUCGCCAAGAACAAAGAGAUCGCAGUCUCUGUGGAGAUCAUGACUCCUGAGAACAUCACCAUCUUCAGGGAGAUCGUCAACCCAGACAAGGGAGUCAAAUCUGGACAGUUCAAUCUCCCUGAAAUAGUCAGUUUCGGGACAUGGCAUGUAGUCACGAGGUUCCAGAGCACUCCUCAGAAGACCUUCUCAUCUGACUUUGAGGUCAAGGAGUAUGUUCUGCCCAGCUUUGAGGUUAGUCUGACCCCAGCUAAAGCCUUCUUCUACGUUGACGACAAAGACCUGACUGUUGACAUCACCGCCAGGUAUCUAUACGGUAAGAUAGUGACAGGGACAGGCUAUGUGGUGUUUGGUGUCAUCACAACAGAGAACGAGAAAAAGAGCUUCCCUGCCUCUCUGCAGAGAGUAGAGAUCAAAGAAGGUAAAGGAGUGGCUUGUCUGAAAAAGGAACACAUCACACAGACUUUCCCCAACAUCAAUGAUCUGGUCAAACAGUCCAUCUUCAUAUCAGUCAGUGUGUUAACGGAGGGUGGGGGUGAAAUGGUAGAGGCAGAGAAGAGAGGGAUCCAGAUUGUCACUUCGCCAUACACCAUCCUCUUCAAGAGAACGCCCAAAUACUUCAAACCUGGCAUGCCCUUCGACGUCUCGGUUUACAUUACGAAUCCCGACAACUCUCCAGCAAGUGGAGUGGAGAUUGAGGUGACUCCAGAUAAUGCUAAAGGGGUGACCAGGGACAACGGUUUUGCCAAAAUUUCACUUAACACCGUGGCAUCAGCUAAAGAGCUGGCAAUCACUGUGAAGACCAAGGACCCGGCGAUCCCCGACAACAGACAGGCGGAGGCCACCAUGAAGGCUCUCCCCUACAGAACUUCCACCGGGAACUUUCUCCAUGUCGGGGUUGACUCUAAUGAGCUGAAGAUUGGAGACCCCAUUAAGAUCAACCUGAACCUGGGACCCACCCCCAUACAAAUCCAUGACCUUACAUACAUGUUCCUGAGUAGAGGUCAGCUGGUGAAAGUGGGCAGAUUCAAAAGACAGGGGAACGCGCUGGUGACACUCUCAGUGCCUGUCUCCAAGGAGAUGCUUCCGUCGUUCCGCAUCGUAGCGUACUACCAUGUGGGAGCAGACGACCUGGUGGCAGACUCUGUCUGGGUUGACAUCAAGGUCUCCUGCAUGGGCUCACUGAAAGUGACAUCGACCAGGCCCAAGGCAUCCUAUGAGCCUCGUAAGGCUUUCAGUCUGACCGUCACUGGAGACCCGGGAGCUAAAGUAGGACUGGUGGCUGUAGACAAGGGAGUCUACAUUCUCAACAGCAAACACCGUCUCACACAGGCCAAGAUCUGGGACACCAUAGAGAAGCAUGAUACAGGCUGUACAGCUGGAGGGGGAGCAGACAAUAUGGGGGUGUUCUACGAUGCUGGUCUGGUAUUUGAGACCAACACUGCUAAAGGGACUGGGAUCAGAACAGACCCCAGCUGUCCUGUUAGUUCUAGGCGGAGACGAGCAGUGACCAUCAGUGACGUCAUCACUAGUAUGGCCAGUAAGUACAAUGGUCUGGCCAAGGAGUGUUGUGUGGACGGGAUGAGGGACAACACCAUGGGAUAUACCUGUGACAGACGGGCCCAGUACAUCACAGAUGGGGACGUCUGCAUCCAAGCCUUCCUUGUGUGCUGCACUGAGAUGGCCUCCAAGAAGACAGAAUCCAAACAGGAUGCACUGCUGCUUUCACGCAGUGAGGAGGAUGACGAUGAUGAGUACAUGCGGUCUGAAGACAUUGUGUCUCGUAGUCAGUUCCCUGAGAGCUGGAUGUGGGAGGACACCACUCUUCCUGAAUGCCCUGACCAAGACAAGCACUGCGAUUCCACAUCUGUAAUAAGGAACAACUUCCUAAAGGAUUCCAUCACCACCUGGCAAAUAACAGCCAUCAGCCUGUCUAAAACUCAUGGCAUCUGUGUGGCAGAUCCGUUUGAGAUGAUAGUUCUAAAGGAGUUCUUCAUCGACCUCAAGCUGCCCUACUCAGCCGUCCGCAAUGAACAGCUGGAGGUCAAAGCAAUCCUCCACAACUACAGCGAAGACCCCAUCACUGUGCGUGUGGAGCUGAUGGAGAAUGGCGAGGUGUGCAGCUCAGCAAGCAAGAAGGGUAAGUACAGGCAGGAAGUGAACAUGGAUGCCAUGUCCACCCGGGUUGUCCCCUAUGUCAUCAUCCCUAUGAAGCUGGGCAUGCACUCCAUUGAGGUCAAGGCAUCUGUGAAAAACUCUGGCAGCAAUGACGGAGUGAAGAGAGAUCUGCGCGUUGUGGCUGAGGGAGUGCUGGUUAAGAAGGAAACCAAUGUACUCCUGAACCCGGCUAAACAUGGUGGUGAGCAGACGUCACACAUACCCAGUGGAGUGCCCCGAAACCAGGUGCCAAACUCUGAAGCUGACACACUGAUCAGUGUGACAGGUGGAGAGCAGACCAGUGUGCUGGUGGAGCAGGCCAUCAGUGGAGACUCUCUGGGCAGUCUGAUAGUUCAGCCAGUCGGGUGUGGGGAACAGAACAUGAUCUACAUGACCCUGCCUGUCAUUGCUACACACUACCUGGACAACACCAAAAAGUGGGAGGAUAUUGGCCUGGACAAACGGAACACAGCCAUCAAGUACAUCAACAUCGGUUACCAACGUGAGCUGGCCUACCGUAAAGAAGAUGGCUCCUACGCUGCCUGGGUCCAAAGACAGAGCAGCACCUGGCUGACAGCAUACGUGGUGAAGGUGUUUGCCAUGUCCAGUACAUUAAUCAGUGUUCAGGAAAAAGUGCUCUGUAGUGCUGUCAAGUGGCUGAUCCUGAACACACAACAGCCAGAUGGCAUCUUCAAUGAGUUUGCUCCUGUCAUUCACGCAGAGAUGACGGGUAACGUGAGGGGAUCGGACAAUGACGCCUCCAUGACAGCUUUUGUUCUCAUCGCCAUGCAGGAAGCAAGCUUACUGUGUGAGCAGUCUGUCAACAGCCUACCAGGCAGUAUGGUUAAGGCAGUAGCGUACCUCGAGAAGCGUCUGCCCCACCUGACUAACCCUUAUGCUGUAGCUAUGACCUCCUAUGCUCUGGCCAAUGCAGAGAAACUCAACAAGGAGACGCUACUGAAGUUCGCCUCUCCACAGCUGGACCACUGGCCUGUCCCUGGUGGUCACCAGUACACACUGGAGGCCACGUCGUACGCCCUGCUUGCCCUGGUCAAGGUGAAGGCCUUCGAAGAGGCCGGUCCCGUAGUCAGGUGGCUCAACAAGCAGAAGAAGGUGGGAGGGGGAUACGGAUCCACACAGUCCACCAUCAUGGUGUUCCAGGCUGUGGCUGAGUAUUGGAGCCACGUGAAGGACCUGAAAGACUUUGACUUGGACAUCAACCUAGAGGUGGCCGGCAGGGCAUCAGUCACCAAGUGGUCCAUCAACAACAAGAACCAGUUCCACACUCGUACAGACAAGGUCAAGUCCAUAGACAAGGACUUGACUGUAAAAGCCUCAGGAAAUGGUGAGGCGACCUUGUCAGUGGUAACCCUGUACUAUGCCCUGCCAGAGGAAAAGGACAGUGACUGUGAAAGCUUUGACCUCUCUGUCACCCUCACUAAGAUGGACAAAACAAGCCACGAGGACGCCAAGGAGUCAUUUAUGCUCACUAUUGAGGUGUUGUAUCGUAACUCAGAGAGAGAUGCGACCAUGUCUAUUCUGGACAUCGGCUUGCUGACCGGCUUCAUUGUAGACACAGACGAUCUGAAAAGGUUGUCCAAGGGGAGGGAGCGCUACAUAGAGAAGUUUGAGAUGGACAAAGUUCUGUCUGAAAGAGGAUCUCUCAUCCUAUAUCUGGACAAGGUGUCUCAUAAGUUAGAAGACAGAAUAUCCUUUAAGAUCCACAGAGUACAGGAAGUGGGAGUUCUACAGCCAGCUGCCAUCUCUGUAUAUGAAUACUACAACCAGAAGCACUGUGUGAAGUUCUACCACCCACAGAGGGAGGGUGGUACUCUGAGCAGACUGUGUCUUGGAGACGUGUGCACGUGUGCGGAAGAGAGCUGCAGUAUGCAGAAGAAAGGUGAGCCAGAUGUCCAACGCAUAGACAAAGCCUGCGGCGCGGGACUGGAUUACGUUUACAAAGCUACGGUGGUGGACUCGAAGCUGACGACACACACAGAUACUUACACCAUGAAGAUCGAUUUGGUCGUCAAGCCAGGUACUGACGAGGGAGUGGAGGGGAAGAAUCGUGACUUCAUGGGACUAUCCUACUGUAGAGAUGUUCUGGGUCUAAAACAGGACAAAACAUACAUGAUUAUGGGGAAGUCUGAAGACCUGCACAGAGUGGAGGAUAAAGGACUGUUGCAGUACAAGUAUGUCCUAGGUGAACAGACAUGGAUAGAGUACUGGCCCUCACAACAAGAGUGCACAUCCAGAAACUACAGAGAAGUCUGCCUGGGCAUUGAUGAGUUCAUCAAUCAGAUCACAACCUUCGGCUGCCCUGUUUAGUUUCUCUUCUUGCUUUGUUAAAUUUAAAAUGUUUUAAUAUUGCAAUCCAGGUUGCAUGCCCUGUCAUAACUCAUUGUAACCUAUAGAGUGUAUGGAGAUGAGUUUGCACACUUGGAAUAUAUUCUGUUAGAAACUGACCAGUAAAUUAUGUACACCGUGGAUAAAUAAUUUUCUCUUGAAAGUUAACAUAUGAUGAUGACGACUGCAAAUGUCACACUUAAACCUUUAAGUGUACCAUUUGUAGUUGUCAUCGUCGUUGAUUACAAUGACAUGGUCACAUUACUAUGACAUGGUCACCUCACUCUCUUCUUGGCUUUAUUUUAGCACUAAAAUGACCCUGCCUGCUGUAAUAAGCAUGAAAGAAAUGCAUUAAAGAAACAUAUUGUCUAA